CUGCUUAUGUUGUAAUAAAAGAGAAAAGGUUUCGUUUGUACAUAUUAUUCUUCAGCAGGACUAUCACUGAGCAGUUGAAGCGAAGAUUGACAAGCAGGAGGCUGGAGGAACACAGCGAGCCAGGCAGCAUCAGGAGGUGGAGAAGUCAAGUUUUGGGGUAUAACCCUUCUUCAGGACUGGGGGCAUUGACCUCAAGAGAGCUCCUUGAAACAAAAUGGCAGAGAGAAAUGAUUACCAACCAGAAGACAUUGACUGUUUUUUCUUUCAAUACCAAAGUCAGUGCGAAGAACAACAGUGCCGGUUUCUGCAUAGAGAUAGCUGUAAGUUAUCAGCAGAUGUCUGCCUUGUGUGGCAUAAACAAAAGAGGUGCACAAACAGCGACUGCCCCCAAAAACAUUUGAAUCAAGAGACCCUGAGGAGGUAUUUCUUAUGUGAUCAAGAGAAUUCAAAUGGUAACUGUAAGCGGGAAAACUGCCACAUGUACCAUGAGCAAGUCAGCUACAUCAAUGGAUGUUACCGUUCUGCAAAUGAAGUUCCAAUGUUACCUGAAGAGAGACGAAUUGAAUGUAACACAUUUAUGGAAGAAAACUAUUUUGGGACGCAGACAUCUCUGAAAAGUGCAAUGCAAUUUAUAAUGAUAUCUGUGAAAUUCAUCCAGCAUGCUGUAGGAACCAAGAAACUGUCCAGGGAAAGAGCAAAGAAAUACAUUAAAGAGAUACUGCAUACGGUUCUGUUUCUAUGUCAUAUUAGCGAACCUUCUUUUGAACCACGAGACAUAUUUGAAGAAUCAAUGGAAUCCUGGUCUCACAAGUUUCCUGAUGUGUUUGAACAGUACAAAACACAUCUUCCAACUCGACCACCUUACACAAUUCUGCUUGAAAUAGUGGUUGACAUGGCACAAACAAACAGCGUUGAAUCGAUUUUAAAUUCUCUGUUAAAACUAAAUGCACAAAUGAUUGUGGAACAAAAUUCCCAAGAAGGCAGGAGAUGUGGGAAUGUCUUUAGUUACGUAUCAACAGUUGUCAGCUACUGUUUCUACCACAACUUGGCUACAAACCAAAAAACAGACAAUUAUUUUGGUGUCUCAAUUUCAUGCUUUGGAAGGCAUCAGAGAGAACUUAUGAUAGACAUAUUGUGUUACCGCACGUGGAAUGAAGAUAUUAGCCUCGCAGUAUGUAUGGCUUCAGAGACAACGAAUGCACAUCACCAACAAGCUAUUCAAUUCCACCCUACCGUGGUUUCUAAUGCUUACCAAAUGAUGAGUAAUUCUAGAGCCCAGAGGAGAAUGCAUAGAGUAAAUGGCAAACGACAACUACUCGCUCCCAUACCACCUUGUAGAAAAUGCCUGGACAUGUUUCCAGCCAUAGAAAAUAAUCUACAACAACAAAACAAUGGCACUGUAUAUUGGCCAUAUGGGAAUUGUGCUGAGGUGGAAUCUUUAAGCAGGCUUCUGAAUGCCCAUGGGUAUAUUUGCAAAAGAACACCUGCUCCUCCAACAGAAAGACUGACCUUGGAAUUUCUUAAACGUAAAAGAAGAGGAAGAAUUAUACAUAACUUAAAACUAUUUAAUUUUAAUUUUGGAAAUAAUAUUUUAUUUUACACACCUGAUGACCUACAAAAUGCAGUUUAAUGAAGUUUGUCUUUUUGUGUAAAUGUUUUUCUGUAGAGUGUGUCUCACAAACUGUAAUGUUACAGUAAUAAUAUGUUCAGAUGCCUUGAGUGUUCAAUACUAUAAUAUUGAGAUACAGAAACCAAAUAGAAAUUCAUGUUUGAAGUUUAAAAUACCAUUUACAUAUAUAUUGGACUUUGGAAUUGUGGAAUUGGGGGUCUUUGGAUAUGUUAAAGGUGGGGGGAACUAAAUUGUCAUUAGGUAAGGGAAUCAACGAUUAUCAGGGGUGGAUGUGAAUGUGAAAUUCAAAACACAAACAGAUCGCCAUCAUUUUAUUUAACAGCAGAGCAAACUAGAGGGACUGAAUGGCGUCUAAUGACUACUGCUCCUAAUUCACAUGUUUGAAUGUAAGUUAAACCUGGAUGGAUUUCUGUGUUACAACAAUUAUCAGCAUUGCAUUUAGUUACAUUUAUUUGAAAGUUGUG